AGCAAAUUUCAAAUAUAUUUUCAUGUCAAAGUCGAAAGUGAAAAAUACGAAAUCCAGCUGAUAUAAUUGAUUCUCUUACACAAUAAAAAUGUCGAUCGCCAAAUACUUGGCGUUUGAUAAACUAGCCACAUUAUUUAAUAUUAUAAAACAAAAUGGUGGGAUCCGCGGUUCCUUGUUCAAAUUAUACAGGCAAGAUGAAUUGAAAGAUGGUACCCUCAUUGGUGAAGAUAAGUUUGGAAACAAAUACUUUGAGAACCCAAAAUACUUCUAUGGCAGAAAUCGCUGGGUGGAAUACUCUGAGAAGUUCCAUAUGAACUAUGAUGGCAGUCAGGUACCCGCUGAGUGGUAUGGAUGGCUGCACUACAAAACUGAUCUGCCCCCCCAUUUGGACCCAAGCAGACCGAAAUACAAAUGGAUGCAAGAUUGGAAUGAAAACUUAUCAGGCACCACUGGUCAAUAUACUCCAUACAGCACAACUAGGGCUAAAGUUGAGGCCUGGGAGCCAAAACCUAAAACCAGCGUUUAAGAUUUAAAAAAA